AAAGACGGGAAGUUAAUUUUGAAGUGUAGCAGUUUUGGGUCCAUAAAUACCUGUGUGUAGGCAAGGGCUAAGAAACCAAAACCACUUCCAUAUUUUGCAAACCCUUUUCAUCACCCGAGAGGAAGUUUCAGGAUUUCGCUUAACUCCAAAUACCUAUAUAUCAGCAUGGAGCUUCCACAUCAAAGUGGUGGAGGUGGUGAUGCUCAUGAAGGAUCUUCAUCUCAGAAGAGAAUGGGAAGAGGGAAGAUCGAGAUCAAGCGAAUCGAGAACACGACGAAUCGGCAGGUAACGUUCUGUAAGAGGCGGAACGGAUUGCUGAAGAAAGCUUAUGAACUGUCUGUCCUUUGUGAUGCUGAAGUUGCUCUUGUUGUCUUCUCCAGCCGUGGCCGUUUGUAUGAAUAUGCUAACAACAGUGUUAGGGCAACAAUUGAAAGGUAUAAAAAAGCAUAUUCUACUUCCACAAGCGCAGAAUCUGUGUCUGAAGCUAACACGCAGUAUUACCAGCAAGAAUCAACCAAAAUGAAAAGACAAAUCCGAGAGAUUCAAAAUCUAAACAGGCACAUCCUUGGUGAAGCACUCAGCACUCUAAGCCUUAAGGAACUAAAGAACCUUGAAAGCAGAUUGGAGAAAGGCUUAAGCAGAGUCAGAUCCAGAAAGCAUGAAACAUUGUUAGCUGAAGUUGAAUUCAUGCAAAAACGGGAAAUUGAGCUGCAAAACCACAACAAUUUUCUGAGAGCAAAGAUAGGUGAAUUUGAGAGAGCUCAACAACAACAACAACAUCAACAGGAACAAAAUUUUUUAAUGGCACCUGGUGGAGGAACUAUAUGUGACACAAUUGCAUCUUCACAACAACCACCACCACCAUUUGAUCGCAACUUCUUUUAGGAUCUGCUCACCAAUAUUGUUGUCUGAUAGAGGGUGGUGGAAACCAAUGGAAGUUCAAGAACAGCCUUCACAUAAUUUAAUCUAUCUGAAAUAUAUAUAGUUCCAAUAGUAGUGUGAUCCUUAAUUAUAAUGCUUUUGGAAUUUACUUUAGUUACAAAAUUUCUUCCAACUAGGAAGGAAAGAACCAACUUUUGCAACCAUAUACCGAACAUAAUAUUAAUAUUAUUGAUGCUGAUGUAUCUCUAAAUAAGAACCACUUUCUUUCUCACUUUUUUUUCUCCGUGUAUGUUUCUGUUUGCUACCUUGCUCCUAUGAGU